UAAUCCAUGGCGUAACUAGCGAGAUGUCCAGACUGGGGUGAUUAAGGAAUGCUAGCGUAAGUAUUUUCGCGUGAAAUAUUCGUAUUUGUAAUUCGCGCAUUUUGUUUUCUGUUUACAUCUAGGCUUAUUUUGAUUGGUCAAAUCCUGGCUGAGUUCAAAAUCACCGAUGUGUGACUGUCGUAAAUCAGUGGUGUACGCUAAUCUGGGGGUCUGUUGCUGGAUUACCGUACGCCGGUGAUUGCGCGAUAUUACUGGCAUCGCUACUCCGCGCCCAAGUUCACACCACUCAAUUAAUGUUAUGCUAGCAAAUAAACAUUACCAGUCACGUAUAGUAAGGUGAGCCAAGAUGUGACGAUACAAUCUAUCCAAGAGCUGAGGAGACAGGGGACUGAAGCAGAGUUGUUGGGGGGGGGGGGGACAUUGCUGAUACUGAGAAAAUACUGGUGUGAAUGCUUGUGAGUUUCAACAGUUUGAGUGAAUUAUUUAAUAAACUGCUGUGAGAAGUCUAAAUCAAAGAGGAAGAAUGGAAGAAACAGUAGAUAAUGGAGAAGUAUCAACAUCAGAAGCACCAAAGUCAGACAAAGGAAUUUCAGAAAGCAAUUUUAGCCAGCUGUUGUUGGAUUUUUCAAGAUGGUAUGAUGGACUUGAAUACAUCAAUAUGCUGAAAGUUUUGUACAACAAUAGAAAUCAUGUGCCAGUUUAUUACAAGUUAAGUGAAGCUACUGAAGUGAUGUCCUUGCUACGUUUGUUAAUUGGUUCUGGCAAUUUGAGUCCAACGAAUCUUGCUAUCCUGUAUGACACAAUAGUAGUUACUGGACAAUUUGGCUUCAGCUCCAGAAUUGUACAUCCACCUUUACAAAGAAUCAGGGAACGUGAAGUGUCUUCAUUCACACAAUACAGACAAUUCCUGUUGAAUCUAGGUAUGGUACUGACUAAAAGUGAUAGAGGAACGCUUGAUGUACGAUAUAACAUGCCGCUGUUAGAGAAUUAUAAAGAUAACUGGCUUUUGAUUCUGGAUCUAGAGCAAAAGAACAAGCUUUGUGAAGAAAGGAUUGAUGAAUUUAUUGAAGGUUUACCAAGUUACUUGGCUGUGAAAGCUUUGCUUGAAGGAUAUUGUGGACCAGCAGAUGGUAUGGGGGAAAGUGCAAUGUCCAGUCAUCAGCAGCAACCCCCACCAGCAAGACAAUUGCUCUUGCCUCAACAGCUGCAGCAACUCCAAGCACAGAUACUGACUUACAACUAUUUAGUCUGGAAUCAGCCGAUUCCUGAUUGGUUGAGAUCAGCUGUGCAGGGUAACCGCCUGAUGCAAAGUCUUCAAAGACCAUCCCCAGAUAAAAUAAUCAAAGAUUACUUGACAAGACAACUGAAAAUAUUGUAUCAGGAUGUGAAUCGAAUGACACCAGCAAUCUGGCAUAAACAUCAUGAAGUAGAUAUUGCAGAAGUAUUCACUGAACUCAGCUUACUCAAGUCUGGAAAAGAAGAUGGAGCACAAAACAAGUCAACAUGUAUAAGAAAGGAAGGUAAACCCACAUCAUUAACGGAGGUAUUACAUAUUAUUAAAUCAACAGGUUCAUGUAAGGUAUUAAUAACAGGAAAAGGAGGAAUGGGCAAGACUACACUCCUCAAAUAUAUUACUUAUAAAUGGGCUACUGAUGAUGUACAUAAUGCCUUUGCUGGUAAAUUGCUGUUUCUGAUCAAUAUUGGGGAUAUUAAAGCAGGUACAGAUAUCCUGGAAAUAAUUAUGAAAAACAUAAGUACGAAAGAAUUAAUUCUUCAGAACAAUUUACCAUCUAAUUCAGUUGAAAGAUUCCUGAUCAACCAUGCUGAUGAUAUAGUGAUUUUGUUAGAUGGAUAUGAUGAGUUGCAUAGCGAUGCAAAGGACCCUAUAUAUCUGUUCAAAGGACUUGAAUUUGAAAAAAGCACUGUGGUGAUAACAUCCCGACCUGACAACACAAUUGAUUUGGUUAAGUGUUGUACUAUACAUAUUAAAGUGAAUGGAUUCAGUUCAAGAAACAUAAAGGAGUAUAUUCAUAAGCAUUUUUGUUCAAUCAAUAAAUAUAAAUUGGGGACAUUACUAAUAAAGGAGUUUAAACUUGAUGAAGAUGAAUUUUUUGGGAAUUCGGAUCAUAAAGAGGCAUUUGACUUGUGCUCAUCCCCACUGUUAUUGCUUAUGGUUUGUACCAUGUGGGAACAAAAACAACAUCUUCCGAAAGACUUGUCAGAUCUUUUCAUUGUAUUGAUUUGUUGCAUUUUAAGUCAGUAUAAAAGCAAGCGUAAUGAUAGAGCUGCUAUUUUCCAAAUUGAGAGAAUUCCAGAGCAGUAUACACUUGCCAUUCUACUAUUAGGAGAAUGCAUGUAUGAAGGCCUAAAGGAAAAUAAAUUGUCUAUUGACAAAUAUGAUUUGACAAAGAUGUCAAAUGACUUACUUUCUGUAGAUUUAGCAUUGGAACUUGGAUUUGUUUAUGAAGAAAGCCCUUUUAACUCUGGUGAUGUAAGGAAGAUUUACACACCCCCACACAAAUUAAUCUCAGAAGCACUAGCAGGGUUUUAUUUGGCUAAUCAAAUUGAGAAAGAGCAUUUGAAAGAUGAUGAAUAUGAGGUGAUCAGAUGUAAUAAAUAUUUAAAUAUGACAAGAGAGUUUACAGUAGGAUUUCUAGGUGUUAAGGCAGGUGAAUUGCUGAAGCAUUGGUUAGUAAAGCCUUCAAAAUUUUAUUCGAUAGCACAGAGUUUUAAAUAUGUAAAGAAGGAAAAUGAAAAACCUGUACUAAGAAAAUUAGAUGAAAACAUGUCCACUGAAAUGAAAACAUACUGUAAGCAAGUGCAUGAGACAUUUAAAAGUGUUCUUGUUGAUGAUACCUGUAGAAGUGAGCAUUUUUUCAAACUUAUGGAAAAAUGUUGUGUUACAUAUGGACAUAAUCCUGGUGGACUUGAACAUAAAAUGAUGUCAUUGAUAGAUACAUCCAGUAAAGAGUCUUUCAGAAAAUCAUGCAGAAGUGUUCUACUUGUUUUAGUUAUAGUACAGGGACUAAAUAAUUUACAUGAAGAGCAGUUUGACAGUCAUUAUCAAACCUGGCAUUUUCUUGCAUAUAUUUCUAAUUGGAAUGAUGUAAGCCUCAAUAUCCUUUCAGCUGAGAUGAAAUCUCUUCAAAUAAAUUAUAGUGACACUAUAGUCUGUUUAGACUUCAGGUUUAAUUCAUCAUUCUUGGUUCAUUUCCUGACACAUUCAAAUAACCUAUCUGUCUUAUAUAUUAGCAACUGGCUUACUGAGGCUAUACUCAGUGUAGUUACCAAAGAGUUACCCAAAACUAAUGUGAAGUUGACAUUAAAAGAAUUUCAUAUACUUCACAGUAAUCUACAUGAUAUCGAUGGAGCAUUACUAGAAAAACUAUUUGGAAUGGCUCCUGAACUAAAUGCCCUAAAUGUAAUCAACUGUAGUCUAUCGAGUGAUAGUGUGAGGGCAAUGAUUACUGGAUGUCGGAACAGUGGAGGUGAAUUAUGUUACCUUGACAUUAGCAAAAAUCCCAUUGAUGAUGCAUUAUUGUGUGAUAUACUUAAAGUGUAUCCAAAUAUAUCUAGUCUUAAAAUAGUUUUAUGUGGCCUCUCAAAGGAAAGUUUUAAUAACAUGGUCAAUGGAUUUCCUGAAAUUGAAGUAGGUGAACUUGAUUUCAGCCAUAAUUAUCUAGGGAAUUUAGAUGGAGAAACUUUUGGAAAGUUAAUGAAAAAACUUCCCAAACUUGUUUUUUUUGGCAUGAAUCAUUGCAGUUUAUCAGGCUGUAUUGUUAAUGAAAUGAUGGAAAAUUGUGAUAAGAUGAAUGUAGUAUUGAAAGACAAUAUUCUUGGAGUAAAGGGCAAUGACCUUUCAGAUAUUGAUGGUAAAUCGCUUGCAGAGUUAUUAAGGGUAAUUCAGCGUUUUGGUACUUUGAGUUGGAGUGAUUAUUCUCUUACAGCUGAUAACCUACAAAAGCUGGUUGAUUCAGUAAGUGUAAAUAAGACAUUUAGUUUGAAUAUGACUGGUGGCAUCAAUCUGAGUUGGAUUAACCUAUCUUCAAUCAGUGGUAAAACAUUAGCUUGUCUUUUUAAGAUUUUUCCAGAUCUAUCAUUUAUUGACAUGAGUCAAUGUAGAUUGUCAGGCAGUAUUGUUAAUGAAAUGAUGGAGCAAUGUGAUAGGAUGAAUGUAGUAUUGAAAGACAACAUGCUUGAUCUGAAGGGCAAUGACCUUUCAGAUAUUGAUGGUAAAUCGCUUGCAGAGUUAUUAAGGGUAUUCCAGCAUCUUGGUACUUUGAGUUGGAGUGAUUAUUCUCUUACAGCUGAUAACCUACAAAAGCUGGUUGAUUCAGUAGGUGUAAAUAAGACAUUUAGUUUGAAUAUGACUGGUGGCAUCAAUCUGAGUGGGAUUAACCUAUCUUCAAUCAGUGGUAAAACAUUAGCUUGUCUUUUUAAGAUUUUUCCAGACAAGAAACAUAUUGACAUUAGUCAUUGCAGUUUAUCAGGCAGUAUUGUUAAUGAAAUGAUGGAGGAAUGUGAUAGGAUGAAUGUAGUAUUGAAAGACAGACUUGAUUGUAAGGACAAUGACCUUUCAGAUAUUGAUGGUAAAUCACUUGCAGGGUUAUUCAGGCUAGUUAAGCAUUAUAAUCAUACUUUUGGAUGGAGUGAUUAUUCUCUUACAGCUGAUAACCUACAAAAGCUGAUUGAAUCAGUAGGUGUAAAUAAUAUAUUGAAUUGGAAAAAGGUAGAUUUAAGUAAUAUUGAUCUUUCUUCAAUCAGUGGUAAAAUAUUAGCUUGCCUUUUUAAAGUCUCCCCAGACCUGAUCAGUAUUAACUUGAGUCAUUGCAGUUUAUCAAGCUGCAUUGUUAAUGAAAUGAUUAAGGAAUGUGAUAGGAUGAAUGUUGUAUUGAAAGACAGGAUGUUUAGACUGGAGGGCUUUGACAUUUCAGAUAUUGAUGGUAAAAAAUUAGUCAGGAUAAUUCAUCAGCCUAAUGAUGACUAUUUUUAUCAUGAUUCUGAUGAUGAUGAUGAUGAUUAUGUUGAUUGCUUUUACAUGGAGUAAUUAUUCUCUUACAGCUGAUAACCUAGAAAAGCUGAUUGAAUCAGUAGGUGUAAAUAAAACAUUUAAUUGGAAAAUGAUAGAUUUCAGUAAUAUUAAUCUUUCAUCAAUCAGAGGUAAAACAUUAGCUUGCCUUUUUAAAGUCUCCCCAGACCUGAUCAAUAUUGACUUGAGUCACUGCAGUUUAUCAGGCAGUAUUGUUAAUGAAAUGAUGGAGGAAAGUGGUAGGAUGAGUGUAGUACUGUAUUAACCGACAACAUGCUUAAUUUGAAGGACAAUGACCUUUCAAAUACUGAUGCCAUCAGUUGCUAGCAUUAGUCAUAAUAAUAAGGUUAAUCAUGUUCUUGUUGAAAAUGAUUUUCAUGUCUUUUUUUGGUGUCACUGAUGAUAUAUUGGCCCAAAUAUAUGAGAAAAAUUACUAUUUUACAGUAUAUAUAUUUCUUGUCAAGAUAAAACAAAAUAGAUAUAUAAAUCAUAGAAGAAUUUCAUUUCUGUCAUUAAUAAAAUGUACUUGACAGUGAAACAUAUUUUCUUGAAAUCUAUAAAGUAUGAUGCUAUAAAAAAUAAGUUUCCAUAAGUUUUAAAAUUUGAUUGUACAGAAUAUUGUAAAUUUUAUUGUACACUCUUUGAUGUUCCAGGGGCUGCGGGCACCACUUGUGAUGAUAUGGCGCUCUGUUGCUGACACAGCCCCUGGGCCGUUUGUGCCAAUAAAAUAAAUGAAAUGAAAUAUUAAGAGAUUGCCUUUUUACUUUUACAAUAGUUAUUUUUUAUAAUGACACAAUUAAGAAGGUCUGUAUCCAAGCCUUUAGAUAUUAUAUAUGUUAAAAUACGUAAGGUUUUGUUUAACUACUGUCAGCAGUUGUAUACAUUAGUCUAAAUAUUAGCAGUGAUAACAUACUCACUGCUGGCUAAUCUUUUCUCACUGAGCAGGCAUAUACUCUUGGAAUUUAGUAACAUGCACAAAUGCAACAUGAGAAAAUAUAUUAAUAGAAUUAAUUUAUUUUGUUUGCAUUUUGUAUUAUUGUUUAACCCUUAUAUGAUUUUAUUAGCUAGAUGCAAUUAGAUAUUGAAAUAGAUGUGUGAACUACAGCCAUACAUAAUUUUAGUACUGACCGAUACAUUUUCAAAGAUUAUGUUACUUGAAUAUUUAAAUAAACAGUUAAAUUCAAAGAA